AUGGAAUUGGAUACGGGGGCAGCUGUGUCCACAAUUUCCGAAGCUAAAUUCAAGACAAUUUGCCCCAAUGCAAAAAUGAAUCCUACGUCAGUAAAAUUACGAACGUAUUCGGGGGAGAUAUUACACCCAAUUGGGUCUUCUGAAAUGAGAGUACAGUACGGAAAUCAAUCUACGCGCGCGAAUAUCUACAUUCUACCUCUCGAUGUUGAUACGAUAUUUGGGCGUGACUGGUUAACUGCGAUCAAAAUCGACUGGAAGGAUAUUCGGAAAAUCGAAAUGGCCGGAAACCCACCAGAACGUCAAGUUUUACUCGAUGAAUUCAAGGACGUCGUUACACCUAAAUUGGGAAAAGUCCCUAAUUACGAAUACUCUAUCAAGUUAUCGGAUCCUGAUACACAGCCUAUUUUUACGAAACCUCGUUUAGUUCCUUACGCACUAAAAGGCAAGGUCGAAGAAGAAUUGGACCGAUUGGAAAAAUUGGAAAUUAUUGAAAAAGUAGUACAUUCCACUUGGGGUACACUCAUAGUUCCAAUCGUGAAAAAGGACGGCACCAUACGUAUCUGCGCCGAUUUUAAGGGAACUAUAAACAAGAUAAUUAAGACGGGUCGCUAUCCAAUACCGAAAAUUGAAGAUAUUUUCAACAAAAUGAGAGGGGGAAAAUACCUCUGUUGUCUUGACAUACACCAAGCUUAUUUACAUAUGUCAGUAGAUGAGGAAACGUCCAUGUUACAAGCAAUCAGUACUCAAAAAGGAGUUUACAAGGUAAAACGCCUGAUGUUUGGCGUAAAGACAGCUUCAAAUGCGUGGCAAAGAUUUAUGGACCAAACUCUUCAAGAUUUGGACGGAGUAGUCUGUUUUUUUGACGAUAUCGCAAUACAGGGAGGAACACCCGAAGAGUUAUUGACAAAAUUGCGACAAGUUUUAGAGCGUUUACGCCAAUUCGACUUGCAUCUCAAUGGAAGGAAGUGUCAAUUUUUUAAAUCAAGUAUUUCAUAUUUAGGCCAUAGAAUCGACGGUGAUGGUCUACACACAACUACCGAGAAGAUUGAAGCUAUUGCUAAUAGUCCAUAG